GCAACACAGGUGGAUACCAGGGAUAAUAAUCUCGCCCAAUCAGUCGUGUUUGAGCAGUGAGAGACGUCAGUUUAUACGCACUGUAUGUGUGUAAUCUCUGUGCGCGUCCUCUAUCAUGCCUAUCUUCUCCAAAGACUGGAGGGACCCUGGGGACAAAUGGGUAAAGAUUGGAGACAGUUGGGAAAAAGAAAAGGUGGCGUGUGUGAGCCCGAUUCCCGAGGGAGAUGAGAAGUUGGAAGUCGAGGAGGACCAGGAGAACAUACCCCCGGAGGACCUCGCCCUUGUCGAACGACGUGGCAGCCGGGGGGAGUUGGUGCCACAGCCCUACUGUCGGAUAUACACCCGGAAUACGAAGGAGGUGGCCGGCUUCAACCCACUAGGCGAGACUCUGAAGAAACUAGACUUCAUUAACGCUGUGCGGGACAUCAGGCGCUUCAGGUACAUCUGCAAACUGCUGGAUUUACUCAUCACUCAGAAGUUGGCAACACUGUCGGGAGGAGCCCAGAAGAUGUUGUUCGGUAUGUUAGAAGAAGUUGCCCACGAAGUGACAAGAAGCCAGCAGAACGUCCAUGUUCUCCAACACCUUCUGCAGGAGCUUCGCAAGAGACUCGAGGAUUACCUUUGGGGCAGCAAACUUGGUUCAACCAUCUUGUGGGAGCAACACACUCGUCGGCUGGAGGGGAUUAAUGCAAUUGCAACCACAAUACAAAUUUCCAAGCCUGGAGAUGAUAUGCAUCCCACACUUCAGGAAGUGCCGGAGGAGUGUAUCAGGGAAAUCCUGAAACGCCUUGACAAUCAUGUCGAUAUUAGAAGCGCAAGUGAAGCUUACAGCGUCAUGGCUAAGGUCAGUGAAGAAAAAACCAUAUGGAGGCAACUAUGUCGAUUCCACUGGACGCCCGCGCAAAUUGAACACAUCAUCCAGAUGCACAGAGAAUUACAAGUUCAGAAAAACUGGAAGCAGAUAUAUGACAGACUUAGAAGAACUUAUGGACUUAGAGAAGAGUAUGCAGAGAAACUUUGCUUAUGCAGAAACUGCAGCUGUAUGUUUUGGCAGUCUUACGGACACCCGUGCCGCACAGACACCAGCCCGAGCACCUCCCUAGAAGAAGACCAGCAGUUGGAAGAAAUAAAGCCUGAUAUAAUAUACAUAUCUAUCACACCUCAGGAGUUUCUCAAGUAUUUCUAUCUUUAAGUAUAUGCUUCAGGUUGUGAUGGCCGAAGGUGAUGAUGGUGUUUUGGUUUUGAAAGGGAUUGAUAAUGAACUUUUUUGAAUGAUUGUCAGUCCAGAUUGUUCGAAACUAUGUUACUACUUAUGGACAAUGCUUGCUCUCUACCAUUUUGUCAUUGUUUCAACGGUUACUACUAUGUGACAAAUAUGAUUUUGCUUUCUCAGGUUACGCUUCAAAACAGUGGAGAGGAGCCCUGGAAGGCAGAGGAUUAAUGUGAUAGUUGAAAAUAAAUGUUCAGAGAUGAUAGAUUUGUUAUAAGAAUGAGAAUUUUUUAACUAACAGUUUCUUUAAAAGGAGUAAGCAAGUUGCUGAAAACUCCAUACAGGCAUUUUUUUAAGCCAGGAUGUAUCCCUUGCCCAAGUUUGCAACAUUUAUUGUCAAGUGAGAUAUGCUUAUGCUGCCUUUUGAGACAUGACCAUGUUUUUGUGCUUUAAGCUACAUGAAACUAAUGAUAUGAGAUGGUACCACUUAAAAAAGUAACCAGGUGUUUUAAUAUAUUCUACCAGUAGGUGAACUCAUUUGAUUACCAUGAAGUGUUAAGUCCAGUACACAUACCUAUGUAUUACAUGAGAAUUUUCACAAGAAGUGUGCUGUAAUGUAACUUUUUUUUUUCAAGAAAUGCAGUGCAGUGAACCCAUUGCAUUAGCUUUAGUCCUUAAUAAUUUUGACAAAUAUGCAGUCCUGCUAUGCCAAAAAAAUAUAGUAGAAAUUGGCCAAGAUGUUACUUCAUUGUUUUGCAUUGAUCUAAUUUUAGUUUUGUUUUUGCUUUUGUAAUGUUUGUGACCAAUGUCUUGGAUAUGAGUGAGGGUAAAACAUUCCUUUUUUUAUUGAAAUGUUGUCUGCAAGUGUAUCCCAAUAGUAAUUUAGAGAGUAAAUCAGCACAGUUAAUGGGUUUGCUGAUGAUUUGAUUCACUUGAAAAUUAAUAGAAGUUAUUUUAAGGAGCUACUGACAUACCCAUAGCAUAUUUUCAUGGGUGUCACAAAAACUUUAGUCACAAAAGCUUCAUUUAUAGGUCAACUAUAACCAAAUAUGGCCAAUAUACUGGAAGGGAAGAUUAAUUCAUAUCUUAAUAUCAAUUGUUGAUUUAACAAGCAAAGCUUGAAACCUACUGUGUAAUGAGUUCAGUCGUAGCAUUACAUUAACUAAGUUACUGACAACUCACACAUAUUUAUGGUCAUAUACAACAGUACAUAAUAACUCACAAUUUUAUGUACACAUACAAUCAUUAUGUACCCUUCAAUAUAAAAUUUCUACUAAAGCUUAAAAAGUUUAAUGUCAAAGAAUGUUAAUGACAGGAAAAAAUAUUGUUUAAGGAUGUUUUUAAAAAUUUGUUACAAGACCAGAUUUCGACUUUUUUAACUUAGUUUAUAUAGAGGCCACCUUUCUCAAUAUGUCAAAGCAUAUAUAAAAAAGGCCACCUUUCUCAAAAUGUCGAGGCAUAUUGCAGUACAUACUUGAAUCUGAAACUAGUGUAACUCCACAGACUCUUUGCCACCUCGAGAAGAGGAAAUUCAUACUUAAAGGAUGCAGAGAAAUAUUUACAGGUCAUUUAAUUGUCCUUAUACUACAUACAUGAUAUAGAUAAUGCAGUAUAGACUUUUAUGUGUAGUAUUUAUUUAAUCAUUAAUGACAUAUUCUUUUUUUCAUCCAGUUUAAUUAGGAACAUAUUUUGAGAGAAUCAACACUCACAUUUUAGUAGGUAUAUACUAAACUUGAAGAAUAAUAGUACAUGUAUCUGAUUUAAGGUUGCAUGAUAUUUUGGUGAAUCCUGUGUACUUCUGUUUCCUUCUGACUCAUUCCUUCCAUUGGAAAGACACAUAUAUGACUGAAUGGUUUUGUAUGAUGUGUCUUAACUUGCAUGGGAUUUUUACAGGUGGGGUUUUGGUUCAAUACUCAUUCUCUUGCUUAUAGUGUAAAGAGGGAAGUUUGUAGCUCCUGGUAACUAUUAUGACAAUUAUUGCAAAGGAUUGUUUCCAUGUGUGGUAUCACAGAUUGAUUGAUUAUUUUUUUUUAGAAUCAGAACUAUUAAGUCAUACUCUCACAUGCUUCUCUCACUGUUGAGCUUAUAUAUCAUAGAUGGAUAAUGAGAGCAGAUUAUAUACAUAUAGCCUGCAACCUUAAAAAGAUGAUUAAGUCAAAAUGAAGAAAACUGAUGAAUGAUUGUAUGGAGCAUGAACUUCAAAGGGCAUUACUUAUUGAAGUUAUUGAAGAAUCUCAGUAGUAAGAGAAUAUGGCACUUCUCCAUUAUGGACCGCUGUUAUAUCCAUCAUUUUAAUUACUGGAAUUGAUGAAGUGGUUAUGCAUUAUAGAUAUUUCUUUUGACCUAAAAGGCCAUUUUUCAGUGGAAACAAUCAUCUAUAAGUAAAUAGCCAAGAUGAUACAACUGUUGCAAGCCACAUUAGCUAUUGUUUUUAAUAUUAGUUUUUAUUGAAAAACCAAAUUGUUUAACACAAUUCAGCUUCUCUUUUAUUAUGAAUACAUUGAGUUAAAAAGGAAUUUGAACUCAUAGUGCUUUCACCAUUACAUUCAUAAGCUUACAGGUUCCUUUGUUAUUUGAAUCUUCCUCAGCCUUGCUUUUUCUUAAUGGUGAAGAUAACAACUUCUUUGCAGAUUAGCAGAGGCAGUAUGUAAAUGAUUGCUUGAACUAAUUCCUGUAGAUUUGUAUAGGGACAUGCUGUAUUAGUCAAUGGGCAACUGUUAUUAUUCCAGUUCAGUUAGAGCACUAAGUCCUUUCUGGAUGUGCAUAGUUGACAUUGUGGUGUUUUUCUGGUGUUAGGGGAGAAUAAUUGAGCAAGAUGAAAUAAGAAAUGUUGGACAGCUAGGUAGGAAGAGACCAAAUGGAAACGAUGAAAAUCAAAAGGCAGAAAACAGCUCAGCUGGGGACCAAAGGGACUUUUCAGGGAACCUUUUCUACAGUGCUGAUGUAGGCAAUAAACCCCACAGGAAAUAGAUGGCAACUGACAUGUUGUGAUAACGAUACUAAGCUUCUGAGAACCUUGUGGUUAUCUUGUAACAUUAUUUUUUAGUGAUUAUAAUCAUACAAAGAAUUUAAUUAAUAGUUAGUGUACUAUAUGUUUAUUUCUCAGUCGCAGUGGUUGUAUAAAGGACGUGACAGCUACCAAAAACGUAAAUAGAAUGAGAUGACUUUAUGUUUUUAAAGCACUGAUGAUUUUGAUGUUUGUGUUAUUACGUGGUUUUGUUCCUGAGAGUAUUUUUGAAGUUUUAAGAGUACUAUACUGUUUAGUAGCCUAAUAAUAUAUAAUAUAAAAAUGAGCAGUUGAAAGGUAAUUAAGAUUUAGGAGACAUUCUUGUCAAGCGCUAUUUUAUGUAAUCUUGUAAAACUCCUAAGGUCCCAUGCCCAUGUGCUUAUGAAAGUGUUGUAAAGAGGAUUUAUGUUUUCUCGUACAUACGAAUAGAUAUUGGUUUGUUUAUUUUUUUUCUUGGAGAAAUGGAGAAAUGCAAUCCAUCCACUUUGUACUGAGCUUUCAGUAUGAUAACCUUGUCUGUCCAGAUUACUUUAUGUAAGGUUACUAGCUUUAAGAAUUUUUUUCCACUUGAUUACUAGUUAGAAUUAGUUUCUCACCGUUACUGAUAAUUGGUUGGUCAUUUCUUCUUCAUUUUAAGCUUUCGAUUUUAUAGUACAUAUGUGAUAUAGAUACGUACUGUCUUUUGUUCUUGGAAUUAGUAGAAAUUAAUUGUCACAAUUACUGAUAGUAACUGGCCAUUACUCAAUUUUCUUCGUUGGUGUUAGUAGUAUAAAGCAUUCUGGUAUACAACAGUAUGUAAUGUACGUAUUAUUUUCGUGUAUUUUAAGAAUUAUGGGAAACUGAUGGUUGCCAUAUAGUAGUACUUCUUUUGAAUACAUUUUGUUCAGCCAGUCAGUGAAAAUUACUAUUUCUGAUCUUUUCUUCUCUCAUACAUUCACAAGAUUAGAAAUAUAUGGUAUUGCGUCCAUUCAAUUAUACAAUGAAUUCACUUUUCUUUUAAAUGCCAUUUCCUUUAUUUUUUACAUAUGUUCCAAACACUGUACUGCUCUGAAAGACUUUUGUAUUGAAGAGUUAUGAACUUGCUGUUUAGCUGAUUUCUUUUUAUAAAAUGUUAUUUUUUCAUAAAUUAUUGCUGAGUGUUGCCAAUACGUAACUGCAUAGAAGUUUUAUGCUCUCCUGGUGAUAGAUAGGUGUGACAUAAAAUUUUUCCUCUGCAUAGUUAUUUUAGCAUCCUUAUCAAAAUAUAAUUAUGUACAAUGUGCAUUUAAACAUUGAGAAGAGAUGAGGAUGUGUUUUUAAUUUGAUUUUUUUAUCCCAAAUAUGAAUUUGUACUGUUAUGUAAAAUGAUGUUUUGAGUCUUAUACCAUAAAUUGAAGACAAUUUGCACUACAUGGCAAGAAGAUGAAAUGGGAUAUAGAUAUACAGAGAAAAUAUUGUCAUAUACAGUGUAAAGUCAGUGAGCUUUUAUGAUGAAGGUCAUCAUCAUUGUUAUGGUGGGUGAAUGUUGACAGUUGAUUAUUUUGAAAAUUACAAACGAAAUUUAUUAGAUCUAUAGAAAGUCAUUGCACAUGCAGUCUUUCUUGAAUAUGAUAGCAGCUGCAAUGUGUGAUUCCCUGAGUUAAGGGUAUGAUCACAGCUAACAUUAUAUGUAUUCAUAUUUUACUUUUAUUUUUUUUGUGUCAUUUUUUAUUUAUUGUGCACAACUUUGUUGCGGUAAGCAUCCUAAUUACUGUAUCUGAGAUAAAGCUUAUUAGUACCAAAAGAAGCAGUUUAAAUUUAUAGAAGUUAUGCAAAAAAAAAUACCUUAUUUUCAGCCAGGAAAACAGCAAAUCUAUUGCUUAAGGUUUGUGUCCUUAAACGUGUUUAACUAAAUGUAGAAAAUAAGCUAAUUAAAAAAAAGCAAAAUUAUUUACAAUAUACUUAUGUAACAAUAUUAACUGUCUAUGCAUUGAGAUUGAAAAUAUUGUAAAUUAUGUACUGUACCUCACAGGACAUCACCAUGUAUAGCAAGAGUGAAGGUAAUAUUUUAAUGAUAAUUAUUAAAAAGGUUUGUGUAGCCUUGAUUGCAUUUUGUAUAGUAAUGUAAAAAUUACUAAAAGGAUUUUUAUAAGGUUUACAGGUUGGGAGAAAUUUAUCCUAACUUUGUUAUUCAUUAGUGUUUAUCUUUUGUUUUUGAAA